AUGAUCCUGUGCCAGGCGGGGGGGGCCGCUCCCUUCGUGGAGAUCCUGGAGCAGCCGAAGCCGCGGGGGAUGCGUUUCCGUUACAAGUGCGAGGGGCGUUCGGCCGGCAGCAUCCCCGGGGAGCACAGCACCGACACCACCAAGACCCACCCCACCAUCCGCGUGAACAACUACCGAGGUCCCGGGCGGGUGCGGGUGUCGCUGGUGACGAAGGAGCCCCCCCACCGCCCCCACCCCCACGAACUGGUGGGCAAGGAUUGCCGCGACGGCUACUACGAGGCCGAGCUGCCCCCCGAGCGCAACGUCCACAGUUUCCAGAAUUUAGGGAUUCAGUGCGUGAAAAAACGGGAGCUGGAGGCGGCCGUGGCUGAACGGAUCCGCACCAAUAACAACCCCUUCAACGGUACUGGGAGGACUGGGAGCACUGGGAGGGGGACUUGGGG